UGGGAUCCAUUACUGAUAACUUGUCGAUAAAAUUUGGUAAAAAGGAGCACAUUAUCAAAUGUUUUCCAUCACCUUUACAUACAAUAAACGACAACACAAUGGUUACAUUAGUACGCGGUUUGGCAAACAUUUGGGAUUUUUGCACCCCCCUUUCUCCGCGUGGAAAGGUUCGGUCCACUAAAUCAGGUGCGACAUGUCUCCUCCGAGCUUUGCUAGGUAGGUGCUGUCACGUCAAUUUUUUUUCAAAAUUAACCUCCAAGAACGCAAAAAAGUGGAUAAAAGUAAUGCUGACAUUAUGCUAUAAAGUGUUUUUUUUAAGAAAGUUGCAUUUACAGUAGCACAAACGAACCUGCUAGCUUGACGUGUACUGUAGUUGCAUUUCGCCGCCAUUUUGGUCUGCAUUCAUACAUCAACAUAGUUUAAGGUUAGUAAGAUAUUUUUUAUUACAUCAUAGCCAUUUCGGUAUCAGUACCUGCAUUUCCUACAUGAAGACAGACCAGCGACUUCAUCGGCAUGUUCAGUUGUUCAGUUUUAGUUAGGUGAAUUUGCACAGUACGGGCGUAAUGAAGUCAUAUAAACCAACAAUCAACUAGGGCCGCACCGGCCCAGACGGGCCAGAAAGGUCCUCACUCCAAAACAAGCGGGCCAGUGUCUGCCGCGCAGGAGGCUGGGCCGCAGGUGGCGAGGAGGGACACCAACCCUCAUCCCGUGCCAGCGUUGACUUUUCCUCAACGCAGCACGGCAUCCUGGCAACGCUGACACUGCUGAACGACCAACCGGACUCUACUGGACCCAUUUGAAAAGGCAGUCAAAAACACGGCGUCAGACCUCAGCAGGAGCACAUAGACGAGAAGUGCGUAUUGUUUGAAUCCCAGCCGCACCUCAGCUCCCUCCCCGCUGACUCGGCUGUUGGCAGCAUGAACGGGUCUUUGCCACAAAAGACGGCCAAGAAUAAAUGCAUACUUCAACCUCCAAGUCGAUACCACCACCACCAGCCAAAACAGGGGGAGCGUGGAAGAAAAAAGGGGAAUUUAAAUUUGCAGGACUAUCUAAAAGCUAAAAGUUGGCUUUCUGACGUCAGCCAGUGACGGUCACGGCCAACAGCUAAAUGCGAACAUCUCGACAUCAGUCGUCUUGUGUUGUGGACUUCAAGCACCUCAAGAAUGCGGAGCUCUGGGCUGAUUUACGUCACUUUGUGUGCCACUUUUCCAGCCUGGCUGAUGGUCGGAUCUCAGAGGAGUGAAAUGAGAUAAACAGGGAGAAGAAAAACAAGCCAGGGCAGGUUUUUUGUGAAUGGGGAAGUUUCCCCCCCCCAUCUUUUUUUGUGAAUGAAAAACAACUGGAAAGUCCUGCACAAGCGCUGUGUUGCUUUGCGGUGACACAAUUGGCUGCUGGGCUUUAGGGUCCACCCCUUCUUGGCAGCAACCAGACUACCAGGACUGUGAUUGGCCAGGGGGCGGGAUGUCGCCUUCAUUCAUAAGUCAGAGCACAAAGACGUGAAACUGGAGACCUUGAAAGAGAAAAAAUAGGCAAUGCACCAAUCAUCGAGCUCCUCCGGCCAUUAAGAACGAAAAACAACUCUUCUAAAAUGACACCAGUCCACUUUUUAAAUCAGUUUGAAUGCAAUUCAAAGUGUAAAUAAGCCACAUUGACACGGUUCCAAACGCAGAACAGAUCACGUAAGUUUGCUGUGCGUCAUUCAUCUAACUCAAAGUCCUCAAAAUGCACAAAUAGUUGAGCUGGACGGAAAAGAAGAGAUUUGUAAACGAGGGCAACAGCCUGCUGUGCAAUCACUCGCCAUCACUUCCCCUGGGUGUUUUUUUUUUUUUUUUUUUUUUUGUGAAUGGAGCUCAUUAUGCAUGCAGUCUCCACGCAGCUCCAUUCACAGCCAUCUCUAACCCUCCCCAUCCCUCCACCUCCCUCCCCAGGCUUGCAGGCUGGCUGCGCGGCUCCCGCUCGGAUCGGCCCAAAUGACCGCAGACGGCUGACGGAUGGACCGUAACAUGGAUGCAUAUUUGGACCAGCAAGUGCCUUUCACUUUCGCAAACAAGUCGCAAGGAAAUGGGCCCCCGAAUCGGCUGUUGAUGGCAGGCAAACGGAAAUACAUGGACACAGAAUUACCCCCUCAGGAAUCUGAAGACCUCUUCCAGGAUUUAAGCCAACUCCAGGAGACAUGGCUCACAGAAGCUCAGGUUCCUGACAGCGACGAGCAGUUUGUUCCAGAUUUCCACUCUGAGAACUCGGUGGCCUUUCACAGCCCUCCCGUCACCAUCAAGAAGGAGCCGCAGAGCCCGGGCUCGGACCCCAGCCAGUCAUGUAGCCACAAGCAGAGCUUCAGCUACCCCAACGGAGAGCAGUGCCUUUACGCCAGUGCCUAUGAGCAGAAGAGGACUGCAGGGGGCACCAAGAGCUCCUGCCCGGGGACCCCCAUGUCCCCCAUGCAGCAGCAUUACUCCCCAAAACCAGCGGCUGCCGGCCGACCCGACGCCGGCUACAUGAACCCGGCGGCCGCCUCGCAGCCGCUGCCUAGCAACGCCUUCCCCCUCAACGGCAGAUACCAGGGCCCCUCAGCAGACCCAAUGUGCCCCCAGUUUCCCGCACCCGGCCAAGCCUUUCAACGGAUGCCCUCCGCACCAGCGGGCCAUGGCGGCGGCAGUGGGGGCGGACCGGGGGGUGGCGGGGGUGUUGGCUACCACCGUCAGCACUCGGAUCCUUGCAUGCCGUACCUGCAGCAGAGCUUCAAACAGGAAUACAUGGACCCCCUGUACGAGCGGGCGGCUCACGUGGGGGCGCAACCGGGCCGAUGCCACGGGCCGCCCCCCCACGCACCCCAGCACCCCCACUCGCAUUUGCACCCGCACAGGUUCCCACCAGCUCACAUGAUGGUCAAGCAGGAGCCCACAGACUACACCUACGACACAGAUGUGUCCGGAUGUUCUUCCAUGUACCACCGCAGCGAGGCCUACCCAACCCCCCAGCAAGGCGGCGAAGGUUACCUGUUUGAGAACGACUCCCGCGUGGUUCCAGAGAAGUUUGAAGGAGAGGUGAAGCAGGAAGGCGGCAGCGGCGGCGGGGGCGUGUUCCGAGAGGGCACGCCUUACCAGCGGCGCGGCUCGUUGCAGCUGUGGCAGUUCCUGGUGGCGCUGCUGGACGACCCCGGCAACGCGCACUUCAUCGCCUGGACCGGCCGCGGCAUGGAGUUCAAGCUCAUCGAGCCUGAGGAGGUGGCUCGCCUGUGGGGGAUGCAGAAGAACCGUCCCGCCAUGAACUACGACAAGCUGAGCCGCUCGCUGCGCUACUACUACGAGAAGGGAAUCAUGCAGAAGGUGGCGGGCGAGCGCUACGUCUACAAGUUUGUGUGCGAGCCCGAGGCCCUCAUCUCGCUGGCGUUCCCUGACAAUCAGCGGCCCAGCCUGAAGGCGGAGUUUGAGCGCUACGUCAACGAGGAGGACACGGUGCCGCUGUCCCACCUGGACGAGGGGGUGUCCUACAACCCAGCAGACGGCGUCGCCCCCCAGACCUACUCCAAAGGAUACAUGUACUAAAGCCCCCUCCCCCCCUCCUCCCUUUGCUGUACUGCCAAAACAUCUUCAUACAUGCCCCCUGCCCCCAUGCACCUCUUGCACACGCCCCCCCACCCCACUUGUAUAUACAGCUAUGGUGAUUUUCUUUAAAUUAAUCUCAUAAGAAGCCUUCCUGUCACACCUGAGGCAUCAACACCAAGAGAUUGCCUAAUAAAUACUCUUAUACCAACAACCAGCCUCUUUCUGAGCAUGACAGCAAUACCUGUACACCUACUAUUACUACUACUAUCACUACUAAUACUAUCACAACGAGUACUAGCGGGCCAUUCCUCAC